AUGCGCAUUCUACAUGCAAGAUCUACUGGAACGCGCACCAGUAACGUUGAAGCCGCCGAAACCCCAACCGUGGUGACAAUUGACGAUGAUAGUGAUGAUGGCGACACCACUGAAUCCGAGGCUAAUGUUCCAGAGCAAGAGAACGUUGAUGACAUCGGUGACAUGCGUGAAGAUUCUGACAGGGACUACAAUGAUGAUUGCAAUGAGGAUGCAUUUGCUUAUUCCAGCAACUAUCCAGGAGGACAAGGUGGUUCAGAUGCUUUCUUUGGGUCCAUUGGUAGCAGUAUGCGCCAUUUUAGCGCUGAGCCGCCAUUACUAACCCUGCCCGGAGUCCCCCUGAGGCUGAGUGUGCCUGUAGUGCCUUCUCCCUUCAACACAUUCAGUACACUGGUUGAGGCAGCCCUUGCUGGAUUUUCUCCAACCAUGACACCAACGAAUUCUCGGGAUGAAACACCUACGUUCCAAGUCACGAGCCCUUUACCACCUAUUUUCCGGCAUUUUCUCCAGAGGGACCUUGACCCUGCUAUUUCGCCAGCCUUUCCAGCAACCCUCCGGAGCAAUACUUUUCUUGGAGGCAUUGAUGAAAAAUUGUAUUAUUAA